GACAAGUGCACCCGACCCCAAGACCGUUAGUGUCACGGGUCCUCUUGUCAACAUAAUUGUCCCAAUAAAUACCCCCACCACUAACCUAAUAUAUAUCUCUCCUUCACUAUAUAUAUAGUGCUGCCUCAAUCAAUUGCUUGACACCCAAAGUCAUAAAGACAUCGCCAACUUUUACUAUUCUUCAACUAUAUAUCAAAGUUUAAGUACACAUAUGAUCAAAAUAAUGUGUCCCAAGAUUUCCCUAUUCACUCUCAUUCUACUUCUCUUGAUUUCCAUCAACUCUUGGGGGCUUAAGACAGGAGGCGCCGGAAGAAAGGUCUUAGACGUGUCGGAAAUGUCGUCUGCACCUAGUGGCACGUCCGAGACCCCUACCGGAGGUAGUGGCUCAGCCCAUGGCUCGAAUUGGGACUAUAGUUGGGGCUGGGGUGCUAGCCCGACUUCCGGGUGGGGUUACGGGUCGGGCUCAGGUAAGUCGCCUGAUGGGUUCGGGAGAGGGUCGGGUUUUGGAUUUGGAUCUGGGUCCGGAUCUGGGUCUGGAUUUGGGUAUGGCUAUGGAAGUGGUGGUGCUCAUGGAGGUGGUCAUGGAAGUGGUAGCGGGGGUGGGGGCAACGGAGGUGGCUCUGUUGGUGGCGACGAUGAUCACACGCCGUCAACUUCCGGUGGCAAAAACAAGCAUGGCUAGCAUGGAAAAAGAUAUAUAGGGUUUCUAUGGUUUGUUAUUUAUCGUAUGGCAUACCGAUGUGAACUAGAAUGUGUAUGUUUGUGUGUGUAAUGUUUUCAUAUACAGGACCUCUCUUACGUACGAGGCGCGUGCUUCUAGUUUGUAGUCCUUAAGGUUGAGAGAUAUGUAUGCAAACUUUGUCUUACUCCAUGUACUGUGAUGCUGCCUACUAUGUUUGCUAUCUUAUGUCUCAUGUAAAAUACUAUCGCCAGAUUGUUAGUUAAAGUCGUUGGUUUUCACUUGA